GUGUGUUUUCGGACUCUCGGACUUCCUCGGACCAGGACUUCCACCGCGCACGCGCUCCCGUUCCGCUAAGUGCGCUAACUUUUCCGUGCGCCGCUGAAACAACCGCAGAAAGCAGCGCGUCUCCCGCUGGGAAAGUUCGUCCGCAGCGCACCGUUUGCAAACAUGGACUGACGGUGAAAGCAGCUCCUUUUUUUUUUCUCCUCCAACUGAAGAAAAAUGCAGAAGAGCGUCCGCUACAACGAAGGGCACGCGCUGUUUCUGUCGGCGGUGGCGCGUAAAGAGGGCACGAAGCGCGGAUACCUGAGCAAGAAGACGGCGGAGAACAGCCGCUGGCACGACAAGUUCUUCGCCCUCUACCAGAAUAUACUGUUCUACUUCGAGAACGAGCAGAGCGCGCGACCCUCCGGGAUUUACCUGCUGGAAGGAUGCACCUGCGAGCGCGCGCCGGCGCCCAAAAUGUCCACUACUGGAAAGGAAGCGCUGGAGAAACAGCAUUACUUCCUCGUUGUGUUUGGUCACGAUGGCCAGAAGCCUCUGGAACUGCGAACGGAGGAGGAAAGCGAGUGCAAUGAAUGGUUGGAGGCCAUUCAGCAGGCCAGUUACUCUGACAUCAUCAUUGAACGUGAGGUGCUGAUGCAAAAAUACAUCCACCUUGUACAAAUAGUGGAGACAGAGAAGGUGGCUGCCAAUCAGCUGCGCACCCAGUUAGAAGAUCAGGACACGGAAAUCGAGAGGCUUAAAGCAGAGAUUGUGGCUCUGAACAAAACUAAGGAACGAAUGCGACCCUACCAUGUUCACCAUGAGAACGAGGACCCGGAUAUUAAAAAGAUCAAAAAGGUGCAGAGUUUCAUGCGAGGCUGGCUCUGUCGGAGGAAAUGGAAGAUCAUUGUUCAGGACUACAUCUGUUCACCUCAUGCUGAGAGCAUGAGAAAGAGGAACCAAAUUGUCUUCAACAUGGUAGAAGCUGAAACAGAGUAUGUCCACCAGCUCUACAUCCUGGUCAACUGUUUCCUCAGACCAUUGAGGAUGGCUGCCAGCUCCAAGAAACCCCCGAUUAGCCAUGAUGAUGUCAGCAGCAUUUUCCUCAACAGUGAGACCAUCAUGUUCCUACAUGAGAUUUUCCAUCAAGGCUUGAAGGCAAGGAUAGCCAACUGGCCAACUCUGGUGCUGGCUGACCUGUUUGACAUCCUGCUGCCCAUGCUGAAUAUCUAUCAAGAGUUUGUGCGUAACCAUCAGUACAGCCUUCAGGUUCUGGCCAACUGUAAGCAGAACAGAGACUUUGACAAACUGCUGAAGCAGUAUGAGUCCAAUGCUGCCUGUGAAGGAAGGAUGCUUGAGACCUUCCUCACUUACCCCAUGUUCCAGAUUCCACGUUACAUCAUCACCUUACAUGAAUUACUGGCGCACACGCCUCAUGAACAUGUGGAGCGCAAGAGUCUGGAAUUUGCAAAGUCCAAAUUGGAAGAAUUGUCCAGAGUGAUGCACGAUGAGGUGAGUGACACAGAAAAUAUCCGGAAGAAUUUGGCCAUAGAGAGGAUGAUCGUGGAAGGCUGUGACAUCCUGCUGGACACAAGCCAGACCUUCGUCAGGCAGGGCUCUCUGAUUCAGCUGCCAUCAGUGGAGCGAGGAAAGCUCAGUAAGGUCCGUCUGGGUUCUCUGUCGCUAAAGAAGGAAGGGGAGAGACAGUGUUUCCUCUUCACCAAACACUUCCUUGUGUGCACUCGCAGCUCUGGGGGAAAACUGCACCUCCUCAAGCAAGGCGGAGUUUUGUCCCUAAUUGACUGCACGCUGAUAGAGGAACCUGACGCCAGCGAUGAGGAGGUAAAGGCUGGUGGUCAAGUGUUCGGUCAGCUGGACUUUAAACUGGUGGUGGAGCCAUCAGACUCACCUUCGUUCACUGUCGUCCUGCUGGCACCGUCGCUACAGGAGAAGGCUGCGUGGACCAGUGACAUUAGCCAGUGCAUAGAUAAUAUCCGCUGUAAUGGCUUGAUGACGAGUGUAUUUGAGGAGAACUCCAAAGUCACUGUUCCUCAUAUGAUCAAAUCCGAUGUGCGUCUCCAUAAAGAUGAUGUUGACAUUUGCUUCAGCAAGACGCUCAACUCCUGCAAGGUCCCUCAGAUCCGCUACGCCAGCGUGGAGCGCCUGCUGGAGAGACUGACCGACCUGCGCUUCCUCUCCAUAGACUUCCUCAACACUUUCCUGCACACAUACAGGAUCUUCACCACGGCAGCUGUGGUCAUGGACAAACUGGCUGACAUCUACAAGAAGCCCUUCUCCUCGAUUCCUAUCAGUUACAGGACGCAGUACCACUCAUUUGACCGUCUUUCCAUCUCAUCUAUCUGUCCUGACCACAGUAUGAAGAUCAAGAAGAUAGCCAUGGACCAGUCUAAGUCCUUGGAGUUGUUUUUUGCUACCAAUCAGAACAACAGAGGUGGAGAUCACAUUAAUGAUAAAUCCCCUCGUCUUUGCCGCAAAUUCUCCUCCCCUCCUCCUCUGUCCAUCCCGUCCCGCGCCUCCUCCCCCGUCCGAACACGGAAGCUUUCCCUCCACUCCCCGAUCACAGCUAAGGUGGGAGGCCUGGACCUGACCAGUCCUCUGUCCAACUCCAGUUUCAACCACAGCUCUUCCCAGUCUGCUGCCAGUAGCCCUACAUCUGGACAAACCCCAACGUCGUCGUCUCCUCCGCCUUCUGCUACCUCCCCACCGCCCAGCGCCUCCAAGCUGCCGCAGGACCAAGCACCUACCGCUCCGUCAUCCCCGGACCAGAGUCCCUGUUCGACCACGGAGGGGGAGGAGCUCCCCAGGAUUGACCCGUUCUGUGGCAAACUGCGACGAAGCAUCCGCAGAACUGUCCUAGAGUCGGUGUCUCUGGAGAAAAUCAUCCCGGAGUCUCCUCAGAGCAGCGACGCAGGAGACAUGUCUCCAUGUCGGUCCCCUUCCACACCACGACACCUCCGCUACAGGCAGCCCGGAGGUCAGUCAGGAGAAAACUCCCGCUGCUCAGUGUCUCCUGCCUCUGCGUUCGCCAUUGCCACAGCAGCAGCAGGACAUGGUACACCACCAGUUUUUACAAAUUCGGAGAGAACAUGUGAUAAAGAGUUCAUCAUCCGCCGAGCUGCAACUAACAGAGUUCUCAACGUGCUGCGCCACUGGGUUUCCAAACACUCCCAGGACUUUGAGAUGAACGGGGAUCUUAAGAUGUCAGUGAUCUGUCUCCUGGAAGAGGUCCUCAGAGAUCCAGACCUUCUGCCUCAGGAGAGAAAAGCUACUGCCAACAUACUAAGUGCCCUUUCUCAAAAUGAGUUGGAAGAUGCCCAGCUGAGGAUAGAGGAUAUCCUACAGAUGGCGGACUGUCCAAAGGCCGAGUGUUUUGAGUCUCUUUCGGCGAUGGAGCUGGCUGAGCAGAUCACUCUGCUGGAUCACAUCGUCUUCAGGAGCAUCCCUUAUGAAGAGUUCCUGGGUCAGGGCUGGAUGAAAGUCGAUAAGACGGAGCGGACUCCAUACAUCAUGAAAACCAGCCAACACUUUAAUGAUAUGAGUAACCUGGUGGCGUCUCAGAUUAUGACCCAUACUGACGUGGGCUCCAGGGCCAGCUCUAUAGAAAAGUGGGUGGCUGUGGCUGACAUUUGCCGCUGUCUGAACAACUACAACGGGGUUCUGGAGAUUACAUCAGCACUCAAUCGCAGUGCCAUCUAUCGACUAAAGAAGACGUGGGCUAAAGUCAGCAAACAGACAAAAGCCCUAAUGGACAAACUACAGAAAACUGUGUCGUCUGAGGGAAGAUUUAAAAAUCUGCGGGAGACCCUAAAAAACUGCAACCCUCCAUGCGUGCCAUACCUGGGAAUGUACCUGACAGACCUGGCCUUUAUCGAGGAAGGAACACCCAAUUUCACUGAGGAAGGUCUAGUGAACUUCUCAAAAAUGAGGAUGAUUUCCCACAUCAUCCGGGAGAUCCGACAGUUUCAACAGACGCCGUACAGAAUAGAGCAUCAAGCCAAGGUGACGCAGUACCUUCUGGAUAAAACUCUGAUCAUGGAUGAAGACACGCUCUAUGAUCUCUCUCUGAAGAUCGAGCCCAGGCUCCCGGCCUGAGUGACUGACAGCUGUUUGUGGCCAAUGGGAGCCUGUCAAAACCUAGACCCCCCCCAGGGCAACACACCCAUGUGAUCUCAUCAGUGAAGAUGAAAGAGGGAAAUGCAAAGUUUUGAGAGCGAUGUGGACACAGAAAUAAGAGACUGACUGAUGAGACGGAGAGAUUUAGAGAGUCAGCUGCAAGACAAAGGUUAAAAAGGCAGAGCAUGACAGUAAAAAUGUGAAGGUGUGUUCAAGGAGAGCGGCUUUGGAGGAACUGACAUGUUGCUAUAUGCUCAUGGUUCCUCAGUGGAGUGCGGUGUGUGAUGAUUUCACACUUCCUCAGCCUGAGAGAGCUGUGAAAGGCUGAAGGCAUGAGCGAGUGGAUGGAACACAGUGGAUAUUCCAGACAUGUAGCAUAUACAGAUAGUGUGACAGAGCCAUGUCUGAGAUAGUGUUUCUGUGCUGUUGUCCGUGUUCUGUUGCCUGUGCAUUUCUGUGCCACAUGCUGAAGAAAAGAGGCCCCAAAAAAGCUUGUUGUCAAUAUUGGUCUGCAUUUAAAAAAAAACUUGCAUGAUUUCAGGACUUAGGAUGUAAGUGUCUCAGUGGCCUUUAAAGCUGACCCCUGACCCCUGAGCUUAGCAUGCUUCACUCUGACCGGGGAGAUUCUAAGCCACUGUGCAUCCUCAGUGGGCUGGGUGUGGAAAAGUCCUUCUAAUGUAAUGUAGAAAAACACACACAAAACAAACGUAAAGAUCAUUUGAAAAAUGUCAAAUCUGAUAUUUUAAAAAUAUGCUAUUUCUCCGCAAUUGGUUUUGUACUCAGUCUUUAGCCGCUCACAUCCUACUGACAUUUACAGAGCCUCCCUGGAGUAAAUUCAGAUAAAAAAGGGGCUCAUGUAAAUCUGGACUGCAAAUCUAAGCCCAUUGUAACUGAAAGAUUACAAUAGAUUUGACCUUCCAGGAUCAAAACCUAAAGCAUAAAAAAAGGACUCAGAAGACUUUCUCAUUUGUUAACACCUACUGUGAUUUGAUGUAGAAGUUUGUCACUUCAGAUUUUUGGAGAAGCAGCUGUGGCUGUCAAUAGUAUAAAGGAUGCUAAUGAAGCUAGACAGCUAACGAUAGCAUUCUGUGUGUGUAAUAAAACUCUUCAGACUUCUCAUCCCUCACCAAAAGACAUGUUUCAGAUCUCUUGCAUCAGUUGUUUGCUAUUUGCCACCUGGCUGGUUGCACAAGCGACCGUAUGUAUUUAACAUUUAUUGAGUGAUAUAGCUAGUGAUGUUUUAGUGACAGAUGGAUGGGACAGGACAUGUGCUGACAAUUUUUGCUGCCAAGUUUUUAGACACGAUGGGCAAUGAUGAGACAGACAGGACACAUAAAGCUAUUGAGCUAAUGUAUACAAAGUUCCAUUAGAGCAACAUUAGCUGUUUUCAUCUAUGCCAUAAACACUAAAGGCCAUGCUAGACCUACUGUAGACCUACAGCUGGACUUGGUCUAACCCCGUCUUUGUGUCGGUUUUGUCUUGACCUCAAACUCUUAAAUCUUCAGUCUUGUCUUCAGACUCAACACAUUCUUAUCCAGGUAAAGAACGGUCUGGAAGUAGAUGCUCCUGACUACAAACCUAGUGUUACUAGUCCUCCUCCUCCUCUUGAUGAAAACCAUUUCAUGAUGCCUUAUUUUUCAAUUCUGGGAAGGUCAGCUCGAUUCAUAAUCCAACAGUAAUCUCAUACAACCAGACUUUUUUACACUUUGAAGUUAAGAUUGAAACAUGAUCCAUACUGGAAAGCUGAUUUGUUCUAUGCAUAUCUGAAGAUACUACAUCCUUUCACCAGUAUUUGUGUAAUUUACAGCAGUGUCUGGGGUUUAAACAUAAUGAAUAUAAAUGUUAAAACCACUAACAUUAGUAAACACACUAACUGCAGUUGGCCGGUUCAGUCAGACCGUGGGAACAUUACUUAAUUUAUGU